UGAUCACUUAGUCAAAAGCAAAACCUCUUGUGGUUCGAUUAAACACACACAAAAAGAAAAAAUCCAAAACCCCUAGAAACGUUUGAUAUUGGCUUAUAUGGAUAGUCCAAAAUCAGCCAAAGGAUAUUUCAACGUAGAUGAUGAAGCUCAAGAAAGAGCCUACAAGAUAAAGACGUUCAAACGUUGGCUUCUUGUGGCAGCCUCCGUCCUGGUUCUGCUCGGGGUUAUCAUCGGCGCGUCGGUCUCCGUCGCUCGUAGCAAGAGAAACUAUCCACAUGGUUCGCCACCUAGCUCAACUCCUGAACUGACUCCAGCUGCUUCGCUCAAGAACGUGUGCAGCGUCACUCGGUUCCCUGAUGCUUGUGUCUCAAGCAUCUCGAAGAUUCCAUCAUCCAACACGACGGAUCCGGUGGUUCUCUUCAGGCUUUCCCUGAAAGUGGUGGCCGACGAGCUCGCAUCCAUCUCCGACUUGCCGAGGAAGCUAGCCGAAGAGACGGACGAUGAAGGCAUCAAAUCAGCCCUUGAUGUUUGUGGAGAGAUGCUAGACGUGGCGAUGGAUAGUGUCAACGAUACUGUUUCCGCUAUGGAGGUUGGAGGCGGUACUAAUAACAUCUUGAGCUCUGGUAAGAUCGACGAUCUCAAGACGUGGCUCACCGCCGCCACGACAUACUACGAGACGUGUUUCGACACCCUCGCCGAGAUCAGCCCUAACCAGUCAGUGCACAAGACUGCCAUAGUCUCGCAGAACCUUACCUCCGCCAUGAGGAACUCCACCGAGUACACCAGCAACAGCCUAUCCAUCGUGGCUAAGAUCCUCUCUACCUUGAGCGACUUUGGGGUCCCAAUUCACAGGAGACGAAGGCUACUAACUUCGAACUCGUUACCAGUUUGGGUGAGCCCUAGGGUGCGGAGGUUGCUUUCGGCGAAGAGUGUAACGCCCGACGUUACGGUGGCGGCGGAUGGCUCCGGUGACGUGUGGACGGUUAAUGAGGCGGUGGCGAAGAUCCCUAGGAAGUCGAACGCAACGUUCGUAAUAUACGUGAAAGCUGGUACGUAUGUGGAGAAUGUUGUUAUGGAUAAGAGUAUGUGGAACGUUAUGAUCUACGGUGACGGUAAGUCAAAGUCGAUUAUUUCCGGCAGCAAGAACUUCGGCGUCAUGGGGAUCAAAACCUUACAUACGGCUACGUUAGGUGUUCUAGGGAAAGGCUUCAUGAUGAAGGACAUGGGAAUCAUAAACACCGCCGGACCAGAAAAAUCCCAGGCCGUGGCGUUCCUUUCAGAAUCCGACCAGUCAGUCUACUACCAAUGCUCAUUCGAGGGUUACCAAGACACUCUCUACCCUCACACCAUGCGUCAAUUAUACCGUGACUGCGACGUCACCGGAACAGUCGACUUCAUAUUCGGAAACGCCGCCGUUGUCUUCCAGGGCUGCAACAUCCGACCGCGUCAGCCGCUUCCUAAGCAGUACAACACCAUCACCGCACAGGGCAGAAAGGGAGAGGACCAGCACUCUGGCACCGUGAUACAGGGAUGCACUAUCACACCCAACGGAAACGUAACCGCUGCGACUUAUCUCGGCCGUCCGUGGAAGCAGUACUCUACCACGGUGUUUAUGCAGUCGGAGAUUGGAUCGCUCGUGGGGCCCGCCGGGUGGAUGAGGUGGGAUGCGGGGGUUGACCCGCCGUCGACUAUACUCUAUGGAGAGUAUGAGAAUUGGGGUCCUGGAGCGGGUGUUAGCGAGAGAGUUAAAUGGGCCGGCUACAAGCCCAUUAUGUCUGCUGCAGAGGCAGGGAGGUUCACAGUUGAUGCCUUUAUCAAUGAGAACCAUUGGUUACCUGCGACGGGAGUGCCUUAUCAGCCAAGUUUCUAUUAA